UUCCGGAAGACGUGGCUGUUGCUGCAGUGAGCAGCUGUCAUCCAAAUUAUUGUUAGAGAAGUACUUGAAUGCUACUUUAAUAUUUUCUCUUUUUCUAUAUUAUCUUCACCCGUUUAUUCGGCGUCAAGAUGAUUUCGCUCACGGACUCCCAAAAGAUUGGAAUGGGAUUAACAGGCUUCGGCGUGUUUUUCCUCUUCUUCGGGAUGAUCCUGUUCUUUGACAAAGCACUCCUGGCUAUUGGAAAUAUCCUGUUUGUUGCUGGACUUGCCUUUGUCAUCGGGCUGGAAAGGACCUUCCGCUUCUUCUUCCAGAAGCACAAGAUGAAGGCCACCAGCUUCUUCCUGGGAGGUGUGUUUGUGGUGCUGAUUGGCUGGCCCAUUGUCGGAGUCGUGCUGGAGUUCUACGGCUUUUUCCUCCUGUUUAGGGGUUUCUUCCCAGUUGUCGUGGGCUUUAUCAGAAGAAUACCAGUCCUGGGCUCCAUCCUGAACCUGCCCUUCAUCAGUGCACCUUCGUAAGGCUCUGAGGACAAUCAGCAGUCGUGUAUGUGGACAAAGUGGGCGAGAGCAACACCAUGGUAUAACGUUGACUUUUUGUACCCAGAGAAGGCUGUUUGAGGACAGCAGGUUUUUUAAAGCAACGCGAUCUCCCAUCGGGCUGAUUUAAAACAGCUAAGGUUAUACAUUCAGAUUCCUCCCCCCUCCAGCAGGCAAAGACUGCUUUCUGUCGGUCUGCAAUUUCAUUGGUCAGUGCUACCAAUCAAAGGUUCAUCAGAGAGAGCGUCGCACCACCAGUCUGUUACUAAAGGGUGGAGUUUCUAAGGUCACUACAAUAAAUAUUCCAAAUGCUAUUGAUCCUUCACCGUUGAGUGCAUCUGGCAUGAAAAUGGAUGGAGGGUGGAAGACCCCCUCAAAGCACCUUCGACUCCGUCUGCGUGACUUUCUUACUCUGUGGAACAAAAAGACAAAACCACUGACCCUCCACAAGGAUGAGAAGGGGAUCGACAGCUUGCCAUGUUGCCACAUUUCUGUGCCUGUGCUUUGACUUAAUUUGGACAAAAGCUUUUAAGUCCAGCAUUUUGUCUCUUUGCAGAUAUUCUGUGACACUUUGUUAAUUUUUGUCCCGCAGCUGUUCAAAUACCAAGUGUGGCGAGUGUAAUAUUUUCCCUUUGUUACAUGUCAUUUCUGUUUUACGGUUGGCUAAUGAGUACUUCUGUAUAAAUUAUUUUUUAAACAAUCUGUGCUUUACUUCAUGUAUGGUGAGGUGCUAUGGUAACAUACUAGUAUUUGUUACUAUUGUUAUUACUAAUACUAUUAAAGUCUGGUCACACCA